UUCUAUGAUUGCGCCCCUCCCGUUUUUAAUUUGACUUCUAAGUUCUGGAAAUCUUGAUUCUUGACAUCAUGCCUGUAAUGCAUCCCAUUAUUCUUGAUGCUGCAUCCAUGCAAAACGCUUGUCAACGUGGAGUUUGAAGCUGUGCUGUGCUGUGCUGUGCUGUGCUGUGCAGCUGUGCACACGCCUUCGUCUCGUCUCGCCUCGUUUCGCGCUCUCACCGGGUACGGGUACGGGUACGGGUAUCCCAAAAUAAAACAAUGCGCACAUGUGAAAAUUAAAACACAUUAUUUAUGAUUCUCCAGGCCCCAGGUUCAGGUCCAAGUCCAGGUUCACCUCCGGCCUUCAAUUCAUGCCUUCCUAGCUAGCCCAAUCAAAUCUUCUAACCCCUUAACAUCCCAAUCAUACCAGCCAAACCAGCCAAACCUCCCAAACCCAGCCCCUUCAGAAACCCUCAAAUCCCGGAAAUCACCCAAUCAGCGCCCAGAAAUACCCAGAGCACAAGACUUGGCUUGGCCACGAUGUCAUGUUCCAUUCUCACCUCGCUCUGUUCUGCUCCUUUGCCUUUUCAUCUACAUCUGUCAUGAUCAACUUCUCGGGCGGAACAGGCGAUCCAUCUCAUGCUCUUCUACGGUGGGGUGGUAUUCAUCUCUCCAGGAUCGGGUGCUGACGGAAGUGGAUACGAAGCAUUUCAGCAUAUUUCAGCGUAACUGCCUCGACUGCCUCUCAACCGCACAAGUCCGACCCCUGCAUAAGUGCCGAUUAUCUCUCCAUACUGUACUGUAGUGCCUCUCCCUCUAACCUCGUCGAGCCAUAGCGUCAGCCCGCAGCAUUCCCACACGAGCUUAUCUCUGCUGGGGGGAUGCCUGGGAAUGGCUCAAUUGGGCAGAAUGACGCUGGGAUGGGACCAUGGCGCUGCGGCAUCUCGUAUUUGACCCCUGGUGGCGAGUGCAGGGAGAGCCUGUGAGUGGAUGCUUCUCAGGGGAGCGAGGAGCGCAUCGGACGAAUGACGGGGAAAAGAUUGGGAUAGGGGACGAUGGCGAGGAUGGGUGCAUGCGUAGCGUGACGCCGCGCGAUUACUUACGGGGACUGCAGAUGAGAAUUUUUGGCAGUGUAGUGGACUGAGUGGACUAGCGAGACUACGAGUACCUUAGGUAAAUUUACUGGACUGAGGUGGAGUUGCAGUGGCAUGCUCAUGCUCAUGCUCGGCGGCACUGGAUUUGAAGGUUUUUUUCUUUGGGGCGAGUAAGUUCUUGCCGCUUUAGUAGGGACGUAUGGUUAUGGUUCGCGAGGUGGCGGACAGACAAAAGACUUGGAAGGAUUCCUAGGUACUCGUAGCAUGGUAUAGGAGAGAGCCCGCUGGGCGUCGGUCGAGUACUGUGCUCAGUGUGCUGUGCCUAUUGUUGGACUGGGGCUCCUGCCUGCUGCUACCUAAGGUACUACGGCUCUGCUUGGCCUAGCUGCCUCUCUAUCCGGUACUCGUACCCAGCUGCCCAGCUUGAUCCGAACUGAUCUGCUUGAUUUGAUUUGAUUUGAUUUCUCCUUGAUCGGAUUUUAUCGACAUUUGAACUGGGUCCCAUUAUUCAGUCGAUCGGCACUUUCCCAGAAAUUGGAUUCUCCUGCGCGCUGAGACAUUCGUUCAAUCAAUCAGUCAUCCACCACCACACAUUCGUUCCAGCUUCGAGAAUUCCUUGACUUUUCGUCUCCGCCCAGUCUUUGACGUGCCCUACCAACCUAAACAUCGCGCGAUCCGACACGACCGAGUAAUUGAACGAGGGAGCAGAGGACAGCGACGAAGACGAAGACGACGACGACUACAACGACGACGACGGACGAACGAUUUGCCUUGUACGAGUAUCUGUAUUAUUCGCUUUGACGCACAAUAAUCACAACAGCAAUCACUAUCAAUUACUCACGACACUCGUUUCCGAUCAACUAUUUCCUCGGCAUCGAUCAAUACAUAUCAUAAUUAAUACACCUUCCAAGCCUCACAACACCCUCCCACCCUCAAAAUGGGCAUCAACUUCCGCUGGCUCGUCAACGCCGGGCUGCUCAUCCUCCCUGUCGGAACCACAAUCGGCGUCCUCAUGGGCGUUGACUCCCACCGAGCAGCUACAGGUCAAGAACCCAUCUUCAAUAAUCCAAAUGGCGGCACGGGAACUGGUGACGGAGGAACGGGCAAUAAGAAUGAUGAUCGGAUUACCAGCCAGCUGUAUUGUCAGAAGCAGGUUGGUGUUAGUCCGCCAAGUUCCGGGGUCAGGUUUAUGUUAAACCCCAAUCAAUGGGGGUACACAGAAGGCGAACCAGGAGCUAUGUGUAUGAACGUGACAUCCCGCAACAACGGCACCUACUCCACGCCCUCCACUGCUCCUCCCUUCACAGUAACCUGGUCCUACCCACCCGGGCCAGCUACCCAACCCGUCCACGCCUUCCCUAACGUACAAGUCAUAACCGGACUCCCCGCUCUCCUCUCCACCAUCAAAACCAUCGCCCUCUCCACACAGUGGACAUACGGUGUGGGCAACACUGCCGCAGAAACCACAUCCAAGGAAGACCUAACCACCAACGCGGUUAACACUAACGUGGCGAUCGAUAUGUUCUUGGAUGCGGACCAAAAGUCCGCGGAGAACAGCAGUUUGGCGAACUAUGAGGUCAUGGUUUGGUUUGCAACAUUUGGAUCUGCAGCUCAGCCCAUUGGUUUGGACAAGGGGGCAGUUUCGACGGAGAGUAUUAACGGGACGACUUUCAAUCUCUACACCGGGCAAAACUCCCUCCUCCAGAACGUGCUCACCUGGGUCGCAGCCACCACGACCGAAACCUUCUUUGGCGACAUCGCACCACUUCUCACAAAGCUUGACACCAUACCUAAAGCGAAUUUCACGAGUGCGGGAUUGUAUAUCGGGCAUUUGGGCAUGGGUACUGAAGCUUUCUCGGCGACGAACAAUGUCACGUUCAGUAUGCCGCUUUUGAGUAUCGAUAUUGGGGUGUAA